CUUCUUGAAUCACAAGGAACAGUCGGCGACUCACGCCACCGCAUUCACAGACUGUCCACCGUCCCACUCUGACUCGCUCCGUGGCAUCAGUUUCCCUUCGGCCCCGCCACUCAGCACAUCUCCUGCCUUCCCUCCCCAGUCCUUCCGUGGCUCCUUCCACUCCUCCGUCACCCAGCGCUCGCCCGUGCCAGUCGUCAGAAGCAUCAUGAUGUCCCGCGCUAACUCCAGAUUUUCUUGCCAGAGGACGUGGCUGCUGGCGGUGGUGUUGUUGGCUGCCCUUUGGAGCUCCAGUCUCCAGCAAGCAGCGGCGAGAGUUAUCAACGACGAUUGUCCAAACCUUAUAGGAAACAGGGACCUUUACAAGAAAGUAGAAUGGAUCUGCGACGACUGUGCAAAUAUCUACCGCAUCACAGGAAUGGCCAGUCUUUGCAGAAAGGAUUGCUUCUUUAACGAGGACUUCCUGUGGUGUGUGAGCGCAAUAGAGCGGUCUGAAGAGAUGACGCAGUUGAAGCAGUGGGUGAGGAUCCUCGGGGCCGGCCGGAUCUGAGCAGCGUUAUUUCUCCCUCCUCAUGGUCGCCGCUGCUGAAUCUCACACCGAUACUGGCAAUUCUAGAAGCACUUUAGAAUGUUGAAAGUGAAGGACUUCUUUACCUCUCUCAGUGGCGGCCUUUGAGCGACUGAACCAAGUGCAGGAACUCAGCGGAACCUCACCUUUUGUUUCUUAUAAUGAGUUUCUUGUUGCUGGAGCUCUCCACUUAGUUAUUCCGUCCCGUUUAGGUAUGUAUGUUCCUUACUCCAUAAUUUAUUUAAUGUUAGGAUAAUUUAUCGUUAUCUUUGUCUUAAGUCAUCUUAUUUAUGAUACAAAGAUGUUGAUGACGUGUCUUUAGAUUCGUGUGUGUGUGCGUGUAACUGGUCAUGUGUUCCGGUGGCUGGUGAGCAAAGUUUGUCACGAAAAGAUUGACUGAUUGAAUGAUUGGCAUAAAAAAAUAAAAAUAAUAAAGUAAAUAAAUAAAUAAAGAGGGAGAGGGGGAUUGCGCCGCAACAUCGCGGUCAUAUAGCAUAGAAGGGCGAGCGCUUGGUCCACGAAGGCGACGGGCACUGAAUCCUCCAAUGACAGGCGAGCCAUUAAAGAAGAUGGCAACGCCGACCACGCUUCAAGCCCCGCCACCGCGACAAGGUGACUCCCACGGCGGGCUGUAUCGGAAAAAAAGAGAAAAAAAAAUUGUAUCGAAAAGGGAUAAGAAGUAUAAUAAAGGAAAAAAAAAGAGGAGGAGAAAGAGGAGGAAGGAAGGCAAUGAGAAAUGUAGAAGAUAAGAAAAGAAUAUGUAAGACAAAAGGCAUUAAACUGAACCAGUAUUCUCAAGCUCUAGUCACAACUCAUGAUGCCUCUGGCGUCGUUGAUAUUCAUUUGUAUCAAUCUUUACUUUUGUAUUUGCUUUCUUUUAGCAUGUAAUGUGUAAUUUUAAUUUUUUAUACUUGAGUUAUAAUUUAACUGCUGCGUUCUUACACUCAUCGUAUUUAUUAUGAUACUGAUAAAAUAAACUAAAGUGCCCUA